AGAGAGAUCCUACAUUUAUCCCAUCAAAAUGUAGAAUUAGUCAUCAGUGUAGAAAUUGGUGGCAAAAGAUUCUUUUAAAAGACUGUCAUGAAAAGGAACUCGUUAUACCUCCAACAAUAUCCACUAUUACCACCGUCAUCAUGGAUGCUACUUCUUCGGCUCCUGUCGCUACAAAUACUCCCAUCGUCAAUAUCACAGACACUGCCACACCACGGAUCGCUCUCCAAAACACGCGAGUUAGGAAAGUGAUGUGUCGUGGUCUUACUCCUAAACACAAAAAUAUCGAAGCGAACACUCUCACCGUCCUCCAGGCUAUGCAGACAAACCCACCAUUUUUCCCAUAUGGACAGAAGAGAGCUGCCUGGGAAGCAUUCGCAAGCCUGGCUCGAUCGAAUCCAGACCUACUUCAUGUUAAUGGCACCCUUUGCGAAGGAAGAUACAAGCAAGUCCGAGACGAGUACAAGGCUGCACAGGCUGCGGCUAGACGAGCUACUGGGACAGCAGAGCCAGCCCCUUCGGAGCAAGACAUGAUUCUGGAAAAUCUCAUCAGACUUGAAGAGGACGUUGAGAAGAGAGAGGAGGAGGAGAAACAACGACAGGCUGCUCAGACAGCGGAUGAAAACCAGCUACAAGCAACUGCUCUGGACAUACGAGAUGCAGCAGUGCGUUUUGUUGCGCAAGAUACAGACCCUGCUACAGAGAGUGUCCACACCAAGAACGUUAUCGAUGAACUGCCCACCCCCAAGCGUAGAAAAAGGAGAUUUGAUGGCGACAAAGCAGAGUUCGACAAAACUAAUCAGCUUCUUCAGCAGGCCCUCUUGAAGUAUCUAAACAAAUGAAAGCAUCGAAUAGUUUAUUGUUUU